AUGGUCAACGUCAAGCCGUUCGCCGUCGAACAGUGGAUGGACAAAUAUGAACUCACAGCCAAGUACAACAUCGCAGAGACAUGUUGUGCUUCUGUCUCCGUCGAUGAUCUCAAAGAGAUUUCCGACGACAAAUCAUCUCCCGUGGUUGACCUGUCCAACAAGCUGACGUACGGCCCCAUUCGCGGCUCGGAACGUCUGCGUGAGACACUGGCCAACCUGUACUCGGUGAAAACCCCGACCGCAUUGCCUGCAGACAACGUGUUGAUCACCGCGGGUGCCAUCCAGGCAAACUUUCUGCUGUUGUACUCCCUGGUUGGACCGGGGGACCAUGUCAUUUGUCACUACCCGACAUAUCAGCAGCUUUACUCGGUCCCUGAAUCUCUCGGGGCUGAGGUGAGCUUGUGGAAGUCUAAGGAGAAAGAAGGGUGGAAGUUGGAUAUCGAUGAGUUGAAGGGGCUCAUUAGGCCGAAUACCAAACUCAUUAUUAUCAACAACCCUCAAAAUCCUACAGGGGCCAUCAUCCCCCAAUCAACCCUGGAAGACAUUGUGGACAUUGCCCGCGAGAAAUCUAUCAUCAUCCAUUCCGAUGAGGUAUACCGUCCGCUUUUCCACUCCAUCAGCCCCAUGGACAAAGACUUCCCUUCGUCCGUCCUAUCACUCGGGUACGAAAACACCAUUACUACAGGCUCCAUGUCCAAGUCCUACAGUCUGGCUGGUACCCGCGUGGGUUGGAUAGCAUCGCGAAACCGUUCUCUCAUCGAAACUUGCGCCGCAGCGCGUGAUUACACAACCAUCUCCGUGGGCCAGAUUGAUGACGCCAUCGCCAGCUACGCACUUGCCCCGAGCUGCAUUCACAACUUACUCAAGAGAAACAUCGAGCUAGCAAAGAAGAACAUUGAUAUCCUGGAGAAGUUCAUUGAGUCGCAUCGCUGGGCGUGUGACUGGGUGAAACCACGCGCGGGAACCGUGGCGUUUGUGCGGUUUAACAAGUUGGGCAAGCCUGUGGAUGAUGUAGCUUUCUGUGAUAUGCUCCAGGAACGAACUGGUGUGAUGUUCGUUCCGGGAAGUCUUUGCUUUGGUGAAGGUACCGAAUUCAAGGGCUACGUCCGUAUUGGGUUCGUACAGGAGACUGACGUGCUGGAGAAGGGCUUGGAGGCGCUGCGGUCAUUCAUGGAGGAAGGGUAUGAAGAUGUGAAUCUCCCCCUGAGCCUUGCUGUUCCCGCCGCCGCUUCUGCUCUCGCCUACCUCAACGCCAGAUGGUCGCUUUCUUACGACAUAGGAUUGGUCGGGUCGCUCCUCAAGGGAAUCGCAAAGUCCAGAUAUGCUGCUUGGAACGGUCAACUGAAUUUGUUCUACAUAUUGGAGCACCAUGCGCUCGCUUCCGGCACCAAGGACGACCCGUUCCUCGUCUACAACGGACGCACAUGGACCUUCCAUGAGACAUACCAGAUGGUGCUGCGCUACGGAACUUGGCUUAGGACUGUGCAUGGCGUGAAGCCAAAAGAUAUUGUCGCCAUCGAUUUCAUGAACUCGUCAAACUUCAUCUUCUUCGUUCUCGCGCUUUGGAGCAUCGGCGCCGUCCCUGCGUUUAUCAACUACAACCUGGCUGGAAAGCCAUUGACACACUCGGUUCGCGUGUCGACGACAAAGUUAUUGAUUGUCGAUGAGGAGGUCCGGAAGAACUUCCCGCCAGAACAAAUGGAGAUCUUUGCAUCCCCCGAUUUCCGCGAAGAAAAGGGAUCAGUGGAGGUGGUCUUCUUCACUCCGGAUGUAGAGGAACAAAUCAACCAAACAGAGGCCAUUCGUGAGGAUGAUAAAGUGCGCGAGGAUCAGACGCUCCGGGAUAUGGCCGCGUUGAUUUAUACCAGUGGCACUACCGGUCUUCCUAAGCCUGCUAUUGUCAGCUGGAAGAAGUGCUGGCUUGGCAGUAUGUUUUCUAACGGCUGGUUGAGCAUUGGCCGGAAGGAUCGGUUCUUUACUUGCAUGCCUUUGUAUCAUUCCUCUGCUUCGAUUCUGGGUUUCAUGACCUGCUUGCAGGGUGGGUGCACACUCAUCAUCGGCCGCAAAUUCUCUGCGCGGAACUUCUGGAAAGAUGCGCGUGAGAAUGGUGCAACAGUCGUCCAGUACGUUGGCGAAACGUUACGGUACAUUUUGGCUACACCUCCCGAUAUCGAUCCUACCACGGGAGAAGAUCUUGACAAGAAGCACAACGUCCGGAUAGUAUUCGGUAAUGGUCUUCGUCCCGACAUCUGGAACAAAUUUAAGGAACGUUACAAUGUCCCCACUGUUGCAGAAUUCUAUGCGGCCACAGAAGGCACUUCGGGGUCAUGGAACCUGUCAUCCAACGACUUCGCUGCGGGUGCGAUUGGCCGGAAUGGUGCUAUUAGCGAAAUGAUCAUGGGCGGUGGCCUGGCUGUCGUCGAGGUGGACCAGGAGUCGCAGCAACCAUGGCGUGAUCCUAAAACAGGACUUGGCAAGGCGGUGCUCCGUGGCGACCCGGGUGAGCUGCUGUACGCCAUUGAUGCGUCCGAUCCCAAGGAGAAGUUCCAGGGUUACUUCAACAAUUCCCAGGCCACGGAGAGCAAGAUCAUUCGCGAUGUCAUCCGGAAGGGCGACGCCUACUUCCGCACCGGCGACAUGGUCAGAUGGGACAGAAAUGGCCGCUGGUACUUCUCUGACCGAUUGGGAGACACUUUCCGUUGGAAGAGUGAGAACGUGUCAACGAGCGAGGUGGGUGAAGUGCUGGGCUCGCACCCCGAGAUCCACGAAGCCAACGUAUACGGCGUGACGCUGCCUCACCAUGACGGACGGGCCGGAUGUGCAGCAGUUGUCUUCAAGCACCAGGUCGACUCUGGCAACACAUCGACAUUGAUCGAACCCUCGUCAGAGGUCCUUGAAAGUCUUGCUCAACACGCCUUGAAGGGCCUUCCUCGCUUUGCCGCACCUCUGUUCCUGCGUGCGACGCCGGAGAUGCCGGGUACGGGUAACAACAAACAGCAGAAACAUGUGCUCCGUACUGAGGGAGUUGAUCCGUCCAAGGUCAGCGCUCAAGACAAGGUAUAUUGGCUUCAGGGUGACAAGUACGUCCCCUUCGAAACGAAGGAUUGGGACCGCUUGCAGGGCGGACAGGUGAAGCUGUGA